AUGCUAUCAGAUAACGAGUACAUUUAUCAAAAACCAAGUUAACCAAAUAUGAAACCCAUCAAUAACAGUUUAAGAUAUGACAAUCGUAUCCAAAGUGCUGAACCUGUAACAAGAUUCACAAAUUAACAAAUACCAAUCUCAUAUUAGUCUCAUUAAGAACUAACAAAUUAUUUAAAAGAUAACCUAUAACUUGUAAACAAAGCUGUGAGAUCAUUCGAUAGCUCUAUCUAAUAAUUAUUGACAACCUUUGGGAAUAAUGUGAUUAAUGGAUUCCGAGUAGAUGAGUUUAUAAGAAAGUUCUUCUGCGUUCUAGAACGAAGACUCAAUAAAUUUUUUGAUCACUUGGAUUACACAUUAUUUUAACACAAAAAUUAGCAAUAAUUUACGAUCCCUGAAGACUACAAUGUUUCAGAACUACGUAAUUAUAUAAAAAUGAAAGCAAACUAAAUACCCACAGAUCUUUUAAAUCAUUUUUAAUAAAAAUUGAACAAUGAAGAAAUAGAUAAAGAAAUAUUGAGAAAAGUUGAUUAAAUUUUGAGAGUAUAUGAAUUAUUUAGGUCUGAUCAAGGAUGGAAUUUUUUGAUUAAUAUCACAAAAUUCAAUUUAGAAUAAUUACUCGAAACAACCUGUAAUAAUUAGCUCUAGGAUAUUUAAUCAAUUGAUGAGUUAAUGGAAUCUUAGUUCAUCAUUUCAAUUCAAUUAAUAUAAUCUGCUAUACUAAAAAAUAAUACUAACUUCUUAAACAUAUUUAAUAAAGAGGAUAUCAUUAGCAAAUUUAAUUAAAUACUCAACGAUGGCGAUGACAAUUAAAUAACAAUAGAUGAUAUAUGCUACAUUUGCCAAAUUGUUUGUCAAAGAGAUCGAAGAAUCAUCUAUAAUGACUUUCAUUAAUAAAUUACUCAUAAUCUAAAUGAAUUGGCUCCAGAAUAUUUUUAGAUGCUCCCUAAUAAAAAAUCAUAUCAUCAACUCAAAAAAGAUGAACUUUAAACUAAAUUAGUAAAUGUGCAAAAAUAAUUUGAAUUAAUCAAAUUAGAUGAAAAUUAUUAUUUGAUUCUCGAAAAUCGAAUAAACGAGGCUAAUCUAAAUAUAAAUUAAAAGGUUCCCAAUUCAUAGCAAAUAUUUCAACUUCAAAGAUUGAGUGUAUUUUUCAAUAAAGUCUAAAAUUUAUAAUCUGAUUAAAUAUCCUUAUAAAAAGACUUAAACAAUCAUUUAGAUUAAACCAAAAAAGAUGUGUAAGGUAAACUUACUGAUGCUCUUGUUAAAGCAAGACAGUUUUACUCUAAAGCAAUCCCUGGAAAAAAUCCAUCUAAUUAAAUCAAAACAUUUGUUGAUACUCUUUAUGAAGAAUUGAUUGAUUUAUUGGAGAAAAGUUAAUAAUAGUCAAACUAAUUUAAUUCUUCAUUCUCACACACUUAAAAAUCCUAAUUAGGAAAAAAUUCACUGGGCUCCUCAUUUUAGAAAUCUUCUAAUUUAGAAAGAAGCCUACAAAAUUCUACACUUAGUCGACCCUUUUCUAACAUUUAAUAUAAUGGAUUGAAUAAUCCUUAGGCUAAACUAGAUAAUAUGCUUAACUGGUAAGAAAAAACUUAAGAUUAAAAAUAAAAAUUGGAUAGAGAUGUUUAUGCACUACCUAAAACAGAGUAUUAUAAUGAUUCAUUUUAAGGAAAAAUAAAAUAUCCUGAAUAUCAAAGAAUUAAUUAAAAUUCCCAAAAUAAAUCUACUUUAUCAAAUGAAAAAGAUUUCGAUAACUCUAAAGUCUUUAACCAAAACUAAUCGAUCAAAUUAGAUGUAUAAUAUUAAUAAAAUCAAUCAAUUUAAAACAAUGAUUAUAGAAAUAAAAAUAUAUAAAACUAAAAUAGUACAUAAAAGUAAGAAUUUUCAUAAGAUCGCUAAAAAUAAUAAUUAUAAUCAUAGGAAAGAUAGAAAUAAACUGAACCAGCAAAAAUAUCAGAAAUAUAAAAAUAAUAAAACUAUUCUCAAGAACCACCAAAAAGACCUUAAAAUACUAAUUAAUAAGAAGCAUAAAAAAAACCAGAGCCACCGAAAUAAACAAAAUAACCAGAGCAGCCUAAAAAAACUGAACUUCCAACCCCUUAACAGAAAUAACCAGAUCCACCAAAAAAACCAGAGCCUCCAAAAGAACCAUUAAAAUAAUUAGAACCUCCUAAAAAGCCAGAAUAACCAAAAUAAGCUGAUCCACCUAAAAAACCUGAUCAUCCAAAAGAAUAGCCAAAAUAGCCUGAACCACCUAAAAAGACCGAACCUCCUAAAGAACAACCAAAAUAACCAGAACCACAGAAAAAGCCUGAAUCACUCAAGGAAUAAUCAAAACAACCAGAACCUCCUAAGAAACCUGAAACUCCUAAACAAUAACCAAAAUUGCCUGAUCCUCCUAAAAAACAAGAGCCACCAAAAUAGCCAGAGCCUCCUAAAGUUUAACCAAAGUAGCCGGAACCCCCAAAGAAACCAGAACUUCCUAAAGAAUAACCGAAAUAACCAGAACCUCCUAAAUAACCAGAACUACCUAAAUAAUAGCCAAAACAACCAGAGCCACCAAAAUAGCCAGAGCCUCUUAAAGAAUAACCAAAGUAACCAGGUCCUCCUAAGAACCCAGAACCGCCAAAGGAAUAACCAAAAUAACCAGAACCACCUAAGGAGUAGCCAAAAUAGCCUUAACCUCCGAAAUAGCCUGAACCACCUAAAGAAUAUCCAAAAUAACCAGAGCCACCUAAAUAACCUGAACCUUCUAAGGUAUAACCAAAAUAGCCAGAGCCUCCUAAAUAUCCUGAGGCACCAAAAGAAUAACCAAAAUAACCAGAACCUCCUAAAUAACCUGAACCACCUAAAGACUAGCCAAAAUAACCAGAGCCACCUAAAUAACCUGAAACACAUAAAGAAUAGCCAAAAUAGGCAGAGCCUCCUAAAUAACCUGAAUCCCUUAUGGAAUAGCCAAAAUAACCAGAACCUCCUAAAUAGCCUGAACAACUUAAGGAAUAGCCAAAAUAACCAGAACCUCCUAAAUAGCCUGAACCACCUAAGGAAUAACCAAAGCAGCCAGAACCUCUUAAAGAACAGCCAAAAUAACCAGAGCCACCUAAAGAAUAGCCAAAAUAGCCAGAGCCACCUAAAGAAUAGCCAAAAUAGCCAGAACCUCUUAAAGAACAGCCAAAAUAACCAGAGCCACCUAAAGAAUAGCCAAAAUAGCCAGAGCCACCUAAAGAAUAGCCAAAAUAGCCAGAGCCACCUAAAGAACAGCCAAAAUAACCAGAGCCACCUAAAGAAUAGCCAAAAUAGCCAGAGCCACCUAAAGAAUAGCCAAAAUAGCCAGAGCCACCUAAAGAACAGCCAAAAUAACCAGAGCCACCUAAAGAAUAGCCAAAAUAACCAGAGCCACCUAAAGAAUAACCAAAAUAGCCAGAGCCACCUAAAGAAUAACCAAAAUAACCAGAGCCACCUAAAGAAUAGCCAAAAUAGCCAGAGCCACCUAAAGAAUAACCAAAAUAACCAGAGCCACCUAAAGAAUAACCAAAAUAACCAGAGCCACCUAAAGAAUAACCAAAACAACAAGAGCCUCCAAAGUAGCCUGAACAACCUAAGGAAUAACCAAAGCAGCCAGAAUCUCCUAAACAACCUUUACCUUCAAAAGAAUAGCCAAAAUAACCAGAGCCUACUAAAGAACCUCUUAAAAAACCUGAAUAAGAAAUCAAAAAACCUGAUCAUCUGAUAGAUUAAAAGUCAAAAUAAUAGUAAUAAGAUCAAAGUAAGAAGUAGAUGCACCUUGAUGAGUUUGAUAUUAAUUCAGACGACAUUGAUGAUGAGGAUGAGGAUGGUCUUAAUUUUAUGACGAGUUAUGUGCCAUCAAACAACAACAACAAAAACUAGGUUCAAUAAAAAUAAAAUGAAUAAGAUAAGAAAAUAAAUUAGAUGAAGUAGCCUGAAUUAUCUGAAGGAGAGGAUGCUGAGAUUCAAAUUAACAAAAUAAUAACAGAUAAAACAUUACCUUUGAUUAAUAAAUUCGCUAAAAGUUUCCGAUAUGGAUCCGAAUUUUAAGUUAAGGAUUUCAUUUACGAAUUUAAUUCAUUUGAAUAUUUAAUUUAGCUGUUUUAAUCAUUCAUACUUUAAGAUGAAUUAUACUUCUUUGAUUUUGAUGAGACUGAGAUAAUUUUAUUGAUUUUUGACAAAAUGUUAGCUGAUGAAGACCCAAAAUAAGAGUUGGAACAGUUUUAAGCAAUAACCAUGUAAAACUUUUAAAAUAGAACAUAAAAAUAAACCUUUAGUGAAAAUUAAAGACUUUUUUAUCUUUUUGAUAAAACAGAAAUGUUUCCUUUUGACUUUUUUUUAAUUGAAAAAGAUCCCACUUAAAAUCUUUUAAGAAUCUAUUUCGAAGAGGAACCAACUGAGGAAUCAAUGAGUGAACAAUUUGAACAAUUUUUAGGUAUGUUUUAAUAGAUUCUUGACUGUGAAGAAUACUAAAUAGAUUAAAUUGUUCUCUAACCUAAAGCAUUAAAAACUCUAAAAAGUCUUAAUAAGAAAGAUAAUCAAUAUUUAAAAACAUUACUCACAUUAUUUGCUCAUCUAUAUGAAUAGGACGAUUAAGAAGUUAUAAAUUUUGAUGAAGACACUAUAGCUAGAUUAGUUUGGGCUUUACAUUAAAACAAUGAAUUUUUUACUCUCUUUGAAGAACAGGAGGAAGAUGUUAAAUAACUAUUUUUAGAUAUACUAAAUUAGGGGUAGUAAUAAAAUCCAGCAGUUGAAUUUGGUGUAAUCGAGCAACCUUUCAAUGAAGAAGGUUUAGAGAAUUUAUAAUAAGAAAUUCAAAUGGUAUAUUCUGAAUUUUUGUAAAACAAAAAAAUAACUCAAAACCUGCUCUCUGUAAAUGCUAUACUACAAGAAUAGCAAAUAAGAAUUAGUAUAUACUGUCACCUCUAAAAAAUUAAUAACAAAAAUAUCCUAAAAAUUUUUACUCUGAAUCAUUAUUCUGAUAUAGGAGCUUAAAUAAUAGAAUUAAUUAGAGCUGAUGAACUUUUUGAACAACAUAUAUAUAGUGACUUUGCUAGACACAAUAUUUUCCAUGAAUGCAAUGAAAUUACAUUAGGAGCUUGGUAUUUCAUGCAGACUCAAAGUAAAAUGCAACCUGAGGAAGCAAUGGCAAAUUUAUUAUUCUCUUUAAUACCAUACAACCUCAUAAUGACAUAGGAAGAAUGA